AUGGCCAUCGCCAUGUUUGAAAACGCCAAUUGCCAGGCAGCGAGUUUCGCCCUUAACACUGUGGGAUGGAUCUUAUCCAUGAUCUGCAUGGGCCUGGCCGAGUGGCGGGUGUGGUACAUGGAGAGCAGCUCCGCCCCCUCCCGGGGGCUGGCCUGCAUUGGGAUGUGGAAGGUCUGCACUUACCAGCCCAACAGCCUCCACAGCAGAAACAUAGAGUGUCACCGCUACACCUACAGUGACACCUACCUGCCGCUCGAUAUCCGCAUCGCUCAGAACCUGCUGCUGGCCGCCAGCCUCCUCGGGGUCCUGGGGAAAGUGCUCAUGGUCACGGGCCUGCGGAGAGUGUACGCGGGACAGCUUCAGAAGGACACCGCCUGCAAUCUGUUCUUCGCUUCCGGAGUCCUGAGCAUCAUAGCGGGUGCAUUUAUCCUCAUUGCUGUGAUGUGGAACCACCAGUCCGUGAUGAAUGAAGAGGGCAUACACUUCCCACCAUCCUUCCACAUCCCCUUCAGGCCGGACCGGCAGGAGACGGGCAGCACCGUGCUCCUGGCGGUUCUGGCUGCCUUCCUCAUGAUGUUGAGUGGGCUGUUGACCAUCUCUUUCCAGCUGCCCUCCGACAGCCAAGUGUACCCCGAAGUCUUGCAAGUGUGA